AUGUCGACUCCAGAUCCUCCCAUGGGAGGAACUCCUCGACCAGGACCCUCACCGGGACCAGGACCCUCACCAGGUGCCAUGUUGGGACCAAGUCCAGGACCUUCUCCUGGCUCUGCACACAGUAUGAUGGGACCCAGCCCCGGGCCACCCUCGGCGGGACACCCGCUGCCACCGCAGGGACCAGGGGGCUAUGCUCAGGACAACAUGCAUCAGAUGCACAAGCCCAUGGACUCCAUGCAUGAGAAAGGAAUAACCGAUGAUCCUCGCUACAGCCAGAUGAAAGGGAUGGGAAUGAGGCCUGGUGGGCAUGCAGGGAUGGGUCCUCCCCCCAGCCCGAUGGAUCAACACUCUCAAGGUUACCCUUCCCCCCUGGGUGGCUCUGAGCACGCCUCCAGUCCUGUCCCAGCCAACGGUCCAUCCUCUGGCCCUCAGAUGUCCUCCGGUCCUGGUGGGGUCCCAUUGGAUGGCACUGAUCCCCAAGCUCUUGGGCAGCAGAACCGGGGUCCGACCCCUUUUAACCAGAACCAGUUGCACCAGUUACGAGCUCAGAUCAUGGCCUACAAGAUGCUGGCCAGGGGCCAACCCCUUCCUGACCACCUUCAGAUGGCGGUGCAGGGGAAACGACCCAUGCCUGGAAUGCAGCAGCAAAUGCCGACUCUACCUCCGCCCUCCGUCUCCGGGACAGGACCAGUGCAAGGACCAGUGCAAGGGCCUGGACCGGGACCGACACCUCCAAACUAUAACAGACCUCACGGUAUGGGAGGGCCUAACAUGCCCCCUCCCGGACCCUCAGGAGUUCCCCCCGGGGUGGGGGGAAAGCCCCCUGUCAAUGCUCCACGCUGUUUUCCUGCAGGACCAAUGGCAAAUGCUGCAGCCCCCACUAGCACACCUCAGAAACUGAUUCCUCCCCAGCCCACCGGCCGGCCCUCGCCAGCCCCACCGGCCGUGCCUCCCGCCGCGUCGCCCGUCAUGCCACCUCAGACUCAAUCUCCUGGUCAACCGGCCCAACCAGCCCCUAUGGUGCAGCUCCACCAGAAGCAGAACCGGAUCACACCCAUCCAGAAACCCCGAGGACUCGAUCCGGUGGAAAUCCUGCAGGAGAGGGAGUACAGGCUGCAAGCUCGCAUUGCUCACAGAAUCCAAGAGCUGGAAAACCUGCCUGGCUCCCUGGCUGGUGACCUGAGAACCAAAGCUACCAUUGAACUGAAAGCGCUGCGGCUGCUGAAUUUCCAGCGACAGCUACGUCAGGAAGUUGUGGUGUGCAUGAGGCGAGACACGGCUUUGGAAACCGCCCUCAACGCCAAAGCCUACAAGCGCAGCAAGCGGCAGUCCCUGCGCGAGGCUCGCAUCACCGAGAAGCUGGAGAAGCAGCAGAAGAUUGAGCAAGAAAGGAAACGCAGGCAGAAGCACCAGGAAUACCUCAACAGCAUCCUCCAACACGCUAAAGAUUUCAAGGAAUACCAUCGCUCAGUCACGGGUAAAAUCCAGAAGCUGACCAAGGCGGUGGCCACUUACCACGCCAACACGGAGCGUGAGCAGAAGAAAGAAAACGAGAGGAUCGAGAAGGAGCGGAUGCGCCGUUUGAUGGCUGAGGAUGAGGAAGGCUACCGCAAACUCAUCGAUCAGAAGAAGGACAAGCGCUUGGCCUACUUGCUGCAGCAGACGGAUGAGUACGUCGCCAACCUGACGGAGCUGGUGCGGCAGCACAAAGCUGCUCAAGUGGCCAAGGAGAAGAAGAAGAAGAAGAAAAAGAAGAAGGCGGAGAACGCGGAAGGGCAGACUCCGGCCAUCGGACCAGAUGGUGAAAAUUUAGACCAGGAUGGGAAGAUGAGUGACCUCCCUGUCAAAGUGAUCCACGUGGAGAGUGGCAAGAUCCUCACCGGCACUGAUGCCCCGAAGGCUGGGCAGCUGGAAGCCUGGUUGGAGAUGAACCCCGGGUAA